AUGGGUGUCCUCAAUCAACUCAAUUUGGAUUUGCUUCAGUGUGAACAAUUUGCUGCCUCUGAACCAGUUCAAGGUUUAAAUCAAGAUACCCUACUAUCAUAUUUCAAUAACUUGAGAGAAAUCUUAGAUUUAUUAAUAUCCUGGGAUUGGCCAACAUACUUUCACGAUUAUGGGAAAGACACCAGCAAAUACAAAAAAGUACAUCCUGAUGCUGCUAUUUUAUUAUUAGAAAAGUUGAAAGAAGGUGACAAGAAGGCGAUGUUCACAGUACUCAAAAAGAGUGAACGAGAUAAAAAACGACUUCUUGAAACUGUUUUAAAACAACUGAAACAAUUAUCACAGUAUCCACCUGUGUCAACGUUGAAAGUCGAUGAUUUGAAAAUUCUAAAGAAGGAAUUCAGCGACGUGAAUGAGCCGAAAUUUGCAUUGUUGACACGAAAAGGAGUAUUCCCAUAUGAUUAUGUCAAUAGUGUGGAAAGAUUGGAUGAAUCCAAGUUGCCAAGCAUUCAAAAUUUCUACAACAAAUUGAACGAUACAAAUAUUUCGGACGACGAUUACGCGCACGCGCAAAAAGUUUGGGAAUCUUUCGAUCUGAAAUCAAUGGGAGAAUAUAGCGACCUAUAUAUGCGGACCGAUAUUCUUCUUCUUGCCGACGUCAUGGAAAAUUUCCGUGCGUCAUCCCUCAAGACCUAUGGCCUCGAUCCUGCAUGGUAUUACACAAUGCCCUGCUAUACUUGGGAUUGCAUGCUCAAGUAUACUGGGUGUAAGCUGCAAAUCAUCAAAGACAUCGACAUGGUGAUGUUUGUGGAGCAGGCGAUAAGAGGAGGAGUAUCGGCUUUGGUGUCGGGAGGGAAGCCUGUAGUCGCUUCAAUGUCCAACUUUAUGUCAACUGUGGACGACUUUAGACCCAGAUAG